AUGGUCGGCCACGACAUGUCAUGGGCCUCCUUCCAUGUCCUCGAGGUCAUGUCGUCGCCCAAGUACCACCAGAAGCGCGUGGGAUACCUAGGCGCUGUGCAGAGCUUCCGGCAUGACACUGAAGUUCUCAUGCUAGCUACCAAUCUCCUAAAAAAGGACUUGGCUGCCACCACUCCAACAGUUAUAUCCCUUCCGAUUGCCACUCUCCCCCAUGUCAUUACUCCGUCCUUGGCUCUCUCGACCCUCGCCGACUUGCUACCACGCUUGAACCAUAGCCAUGCAAACAUACGCAAAAAGACCCUCGUCACACUAUAUCGCCUGGCGCUCGUAUACCCUGAGGCUUUGCGUGCUGCCUGGCCAAAGAUCAAAGAUCGCCUGAUGGAUCCCAACGAAGACCCGAGCGUAACGGCAGCCAUUGUCAACGUUGUCUGUGAGCUUGGUUCGCGGCGACCCCAUGACUUUCUGCCUCUGGCGCCACGACUCUUCGAACUGUUGGUGGACAGUGGUAACAACUGGAUGGCCAUCAAACUCAUCAAGCUCUUUGCGACAUUAACACCGCUUGAGCCUCGUCUUGUCAAAAAACUGUUGCCUCCUCUUACUAAUAUUAUCCGAACCACUCCUGCCAUGUCAUUGCUGUACGAGUGUAUCAAUGGCAUCAUACAAGGUGGCAUUCUAGACAGCGCCGAGGACAUCGCGGGAGCUGAUGAAAUUGCAACCCUUUGUGUCAAUAAGCUGCGAGGAAUGAUAAUGAUUAAUGGCGAUGCAAAUCUAAAAUAUGUUGCCUUGUUGGCCUUUAACAAGAUUGUUCUUACACACCCACAUCUUGUUUCUCAGCAGGAGGAUGUCAUUCUGGAAUGUAUCGAUAGUACAGAUAUUACCAUCCGCGUCCAAGCCCUUAAUCUUGUAAAGGGCAUGGUUACCAGCGAUAACUUGGUCCCCAUAGUGAGCCGCCUGAUGAAGCAGCUCAAAUCUUCUUCGCCGUCCAAGGAUCGUCGUCCUCCAGGAAGCUCAUCCAACACUCCCGAAACAGAAUCAGACGAUGAAUCGCAAACUGCUAUUACAGCGCCAACUGUCCGAGACACUCAAGCUCUCCUCAUUCCUGAUGACUACCGAAUAGACAUCAUUGAAAGAAUCUUGUUCAUGUGUUCCAAGGACAACUAUUCGAGUGUAUUGGACUUUGAUUGGUACAUUGAUGUACUGACACAGCUUGUUCGAAUGGCUCCUGUCCCCCGAACGUUCGAUGCCGAUACAGGCGCCUUACUCCCGACCCGCCAGCAGGUUGACGUUUCCGAAAAAGUAGGAGACGAGCUGCGCAAUGUUGCUGUCAAGGUCAGAGCAAUGAGGGCAACUGCGGUUAGGGCAGCGGACGUUAUUCUCGACCAGUUGCUCAGUGAUAAUCCGGUUGGACAUCCGCUCAGUUCAGGGGCUCUAAAGUCGUCCAUAUGGAUCAUUGGUGAAUACUCUAUACAGCUAGCCCUGCCAGACGAUAGUCUCAACGGGCUCCUCCAGGCCAUUCCGAGAAUCGGGAAACCAGAGAUCGUUGCGGUAGCCCUCCAUGCUACUGCCAAAGUCUUCUCAUCAAUCGCCGGUAGCGAAGUUGAAUCGUGGACCUCGGAACGAAAAUCGAGGAUAUCACUCCUCCUUGCACGCAUAUUAGAUGUGUUAGAGCCGCUUGCCCUUCACCCGAAUCUUGAAGUGCAAGAGCGGGCGGUAGAGUUCAUAGAGCUGCUCAAGCUGACGGCAGAAGCGGCUUCAGGACAACCUCCAUCAACAGAUGAAAAUAGCCAAGAGCCGCCAUUACUCCUCACACAGGCUAUUCCAUCCUUGUUUACUGGCUGGGAACUCAAUUCGGUUGCUGUUCAUGCGCAAAAGAAUGUGCCCCUUCCAGGGGGUUUGGAUUUAGAUGAACCAAUUCACAGCAGCCUCGGCCGGCUCUUAGCUCAAAUUGAUAUUGUUACCCUUCAGUCAGAUGAGGCUGAUGAGUUUGAGGUUUACUAUCACCAACGACCGCCCCCUUCAAGCAUCUCAUCAUCGGCUCCUGCCAUUAGCAGACUGGCCGAUCCAGAUGAUGACAUGGCAAGCUCCUAUCAACAACUCAGCGAGGAGAGUUAUUUGGAUGCAGACAUUCUGGCGAAGCGAAAGGCAGAAAGGAUGGAGAAAAACAAAGAUGACCCCUUUUACAUCCCGAGCGAUAAUAUCCUCAGGACAUCAACCCCCAUUCAUAACAUCCUACAAAACCAGAAUGGUCCCGCCUUGGAUAUCGAUUCCAUUCCCGUCAUGCAACUAGACCUUGAGAAGAUUGGAAGUACAGUCGCUGCGCCCUCUCGACCGCGACCUCAACCACGGCAGAGAGUCAUUGUUGCUGCAGAUGAGACCCUGGAAGGGAGUGACAGCGGCACUGGGCGACAAUACGACUCAGAAAAUAGUUCUAGUAAUCUCACCAAGGCCAAAUCUAAGAAAUCAAAGCAGCACUCUCUUCUACAAGUUGACUCGAGCACUAUUGGGUCCUUCAGCCUAGAAGGAAACGCCUCUGAAGGAUUCGACUAUGAAAGGCAGCAGCGGGAGGAGGCGGAGAUGCAGCAGGCCAUGAAGGAGGUGGAGCGGUUACGACUGGAAAUGCAGCGGGCCAACGAGAGGAUUCAGAUGGCUCAGGGGGCGGAUGUACAAGGCGUCGUCAUAAAGAAGAAGAAGAAGAAGGUGGCCAAGAAGACUGCGGGUGACGAUGAGAACGAACCUACGAAGGUGAAGCCAAAGAAGAAGACCAAAAAGGUAGCGGCACAGACGGCGGAAGGUGGUGAGCCUGGCGGCGCAACUGAAGAUGCGCCGGGGAGUCCUUCUACGAAAGUAGCGCCAAAGAAAAAGAAGAAGAAGAAGGCACCCGUCGAAGAAGUCGAGGCAACGGGAGAGGCAGGAUCUUUAGUAUGA